AUGACCCCGGCCCUUCUAAUGGCGCGUCUGCCACCGUUUCUCGUCAUCUCUGGCGUUCUCAAUCUCGCUACCGGUCACGUUCUGCCACAACCGACAAAGACCAUUGACUUUUAUGAACUCAAUGUUCUGCCGUAUCCUCUCGCCGCGACGCCUGCGCCCGACGAUUCAUUAUUGUUGCGAAGGCAAUUCAACACUAUCUGUGGUUACCUAGGGGGAGAUCCUGGACUACCAGCAACUUGCUCUGCUGGGUCGCAUUGUGUGGUAGAUGUCGAUCACGGCGCUGUGGGAUGUUGUCCCGAUGGCGGAUCUUGUACAUCGGGUGUAUUCACAGGCUGUGUGGAUGCAGACAGUGGACCACAAACAGAGGUGAAUCCAUAUGUGUUUACAUGUAGAGGGAGCGACUCGUGCUACAGAAAUAGCUAUGAGGGUGGUUUCUUUCAAUUUGGAUGCGGUUCAACAUCUGGUUUGGCGACAAAAGUGGUGGCUACAGCUUCAGGAAAGAGUGCGAUCGACCUCACAAGCAUAAAUGUUCCUCUUACACAGCCAGUGAGUUCACUCUCUGAGCCCACAACACUAGGAACAAGGAGAAGGACAACAACGACGGAUAUUUCCGCCACAAAAUCAUCAACCACAAGGAGCGCAUCUACAAAAUCUACAGAAACCUCCUCAGGCUCAACAACAGAGUCAACAGCAUCAACAACAAAUACAAAUACAAAUUCAGAAACUUCCUCAACAGAGUCGGAAACCUCGACAGCAUCGGAGACCGAAUCCGACACCUCCACAGAAACCACAGCUUCAGAGACAGCAGACCCAUCGUCCACAGAAUCUGGCGACUCUGAUGCCCCUGACACCGACGGCAACGACAAUGGCUCCAAGAAUACGGGCGCCAUCAUCGGCGGUACCAUCAGCGGCGUAGCAGCCCUCGCAGCUCUCAUAGUUCUCGGCAUUUGGUUAUGGAAGCGCAAGAAGGGAAAUACGCGCCAAGGGCCAGGCGUGAAACACCAGGUGCAACACAUUGGUCCGCCAUUAGACAAUAACCAUAAUUUUGCUCCGGUGCCCCUUAUGCAUGAGACCGACAAAAUGGCACCGCCCCCACCAGUUCCCGUGAGGAACCAGCAGCGCACUAUGAACUCGGCUGCUGGCCACGAGGAGCCAUAUUCCGAGCCAUGGGAUCCUUCCUCUAAUUAUGGCUAUGGAAACUCAGCGGGUGCUGUGGGUGGAUCAUCGCACAUGGAGCAUGAUGAGGUGCCUUUGACGCGAGACGACGAUUUCGACCACAGUUACAACUCGGGCUUAGGACGAAUCAGCGAGGAAUAUCCACGACCUGGAACAGCGAUCAGCACGCCAGGCCAGAUGAGCCAAGUGUAUCCUGGACCCCGCGGUGGUGGUGGAGGUCCGUUGUGGCAGCAGAAUCGUGGGCCUGGGUGGUUCUAA